AUGGCGAAUUUCCGGAUCGCCAAGCUCGUACUUUGGCUGGUCCAAACGGAUGAUGCGGAUCUGGCACGAAGACGUGACAGCCGACGCCGACCACUUCUGCUUUACAUAGCACAUGUCAUGCUCAAGUGUGGCGCUGGCGGUUGGCGUGAGAUUGGUCACGGCGAUUGGACAAGAAAGCAGAAACUGGCAACUCAGGUACCAAAAAUGACGAUAUAUGGAAGCAAGUAG